CGUCCGUGGGUCAUUUUGCCCACGAGAUUUGUACAAAUUCAUCGCGUUUUCUUCGCACGUGGAAGGUACAUUUUUCGGGAAAUUAUAUACCAAAUAGCAUAUACAUCUCAAAGAGGUUUUCUUCUCGAAAUUCAGCAUCGAUUGCAUCGCAAAAACCGUUGAAAACGUCCCUUGAAACGAGUGAUAGUGAUGGCGGUGCAGAUGACAAGUCACAAGAGAAUAAGGACUCGCGACCAAAAUUUAUGAUUCGUCCCAAAGCCGAGAGGAUGGAUAUCGACAGCGCUGAUUGGCCAUCAGUCUAUGCCACCGCAUCUUCUUACAACUCAUGGCUUGUGCCUCUGCCAGUACGAAUGGGCCGCAGGAAACAUAAUAAAGUUGGAGGACUUCCAAACAGGGACCUGGGGAACAUCGAACUUUUGAAAAUUCCGAACUUUUUUCAUCUCACACCACCUGCAAUCAAACGUCACUGUGAAGCUUUGAAAGACUUAUGUACGCAGUGGCCUGGGAAAGAGAAAGUUGAAUCUCGUCCCCUGAAAAUCAUCACCAGAAAUUAUCUAUUUGCUGGCCCUUCGAUUAGGCAUCCCAAAUCUCACAUUGUUCAACUGAAGAUAUCGCUCGGUCACUUGACGUUGGACGAGCAUGCGCGGAAGAAAAUGAUCGAGUUAUUGGGGCAUCGUUAUAACGAAGAAACUGAUGAGUUGACUAUUACCGCUGACAAGUGUCCGACGAGAAAACAGAAUCGAGACUAUGCGUUGUAUCUAUUGAAUGUUUUAUAUCACGAAUCAUGGAAAACCGAGCCUUGGGAAUUAGAAAAUGAAGAUUCAAACGUCGAAGACGAUGAGGUCGUGGCUCCUCGUCGUUCGAAACGCCGCCGGAGGAAAUACAAAAUAAUCGGCAAUGACCUUUACAGACUGAACAAAUACGGCAAACCUUUUAAAAUGUACAUAAAACAACAUGGCGAUCGAUUUCCCUAUGAUAGAUAAUCGGAUGGAUUCCGUGAAUGAUAGAUAAACUGGUGGAUUCCGUAUGAUGAAUAAUCUGGUAGAUUCCGUAUGAUAGAUAAUCUGGUAGAUUUCGUAUGAUGGAUAAUAUUGUGGACUCCGUAUGAUGGAUAAUCUGGUGGAUUCCGUGUAAUGGAUCAUCUGGUGGAUUCCGUGUAAUGGAUCAUCUGGUGGAUUCCGUAUGAUAUGUAAUCUGGUAGAUUCCGUAAGAUGGAUAAUCUGGAGGAUUCUGUAUGAUGGAUAAUCUGGUGAAUUCCGUAUGAUGGAUAAUAUGGUUGAUUCCGUUUGAUAGAUAAUCUUUGGAUUCCGUAUGAUAGAUAAACUGGUGGAUUCCGUUUACUGAAUACCUGGAUUCGAAUUGAGGUUUUGUUUUUUACCCUUGCCUUGUGUACUGAGAGGUAUUUCAAUUCAAAUAGUUAUCUCUGCAUUUUCAGAAUGCAGACAUCCAUGUAUAAUUUAGUAUUUCAUUCAUGUGGAAAUGACUUUGCAUCAACUUUAAACGUAAUUUCUAUGGUACUGUGCAUUCUCAUUGUGCUAAAAGAAAGUGAUUUUUCUACAAAAUUCCCAUAAUGCACUGCACGGCGCCAUCUUCAUUAGUCACCAAAGGCUUUAACCCUAAAUAUGCUAGCGAAUCUCUUGUUUUCUGUUUGAAUCAUAACAAAUGAAGAUAUAAGCCUAUUUUAAACCGAUGCGAGAAACAUUUUCAAGCGAAUAUUUAUAACAUUGACAAUGUUAUAGAUUUGCACUUGAAAAAUAAAAAGAUUACACUUUUCUGUAGCGAUGAUCCGCGGAAAAGCCGCCAAUUUCAGGCGAAUGUAUACUACAUCCUGAGUAAUAUAAAUUUUUACGUGGAAAA